AUGAGCAGCAGAUUAUCGAAAAACAAAAACGGAAAACAGAAGAAAGCUAAAAAAGCGAAAGAAGCAGUGGUUCUGCCAGUGGAUCAAUGUGUUUGUAGAAUUUGUAUGAGUGACUUGGAUGGUCUUAAAAAUCCCUUAUUGGCUCCAUGUUUUUGCAAAGGAUCGCUAAAGUUCAUUCAUUUGGUGUGUCUUGUGGAGUGGCUGAAAUCUAGGCCUCAUUCUAUCCCGACGUUUUUUUGUGAUCUCUGUCAGAAACAAUUUAAUCCUUCCUCCAUUUCCCUCGUCGAGAGCUAUUCUUCAGAGCAGCAGAAGAAAAAGAUAGAGAAUAAUCCACAAGAGAUGCGCAAGGCUUUCAAUGAGACCAUUUCAAAUAUUGAUUCUAUCCAGAGGCGGCUUAACAAGCUGCUUUGA